AUGGAUCCUGAAACAAAAAAGUUUGUCACUUCCAGAGAUGUUUUGUUUGAUGAAGUAUCAUCAUACUAUUCUGCCGAGAAAACAAGCAAUCAAGAAAAAGGAAAAAGUAGGGCAUCUGCUGCAAGUGUGUACGGAGGACCUGAAGGGAUAGUUCCUGGAGGAUGCAGUGAAGUUGGUGCUGGAAAUCAAAGCGUGGAGAUUCAAAACCUGACAAAGGAGCAAUAUAAUCGGUUACUGCAUCUGCUGGAGAACUUCCAUGGUGGAAAUGCAAUUGAAGUCUCAAAUAACAUCACUAGUGGGGCAGCAAACUUUGCAGAUUCCGGAGCUUCUAAUCAUAUGUCCUAUAACAAAGCCCUAUUAACCGACAUUAGAAUUCUACCUUAUCCUUUCUUAAUAACCUUACCAAAUGGAUACAAAGUUAGAGUGACAGAAAUUGGUGAUGCAGUCCUUAGCCCUAAGCUGACUUUACACAAAGCCUCUUCAAUGAAGAGGCCUCAGGAGAUUGGUAGAGCAAGGAAUGGUCUGUACUUCCUCUGCUCAAAAUGCCAGUUCCUUGGUUUAGCUACUGUCCCCACUUCUCUCAUUUCAAAUUCAUGUUCUGCUUCUACUAGCAAUUCAAACAAUGCACAACCACAUAAAUCACUCACUGUAAAUAAUGACAACUUAGAAACUUGUCCUGUUAAUUGCCUUUUAUCAUCAUCUGUAAAUGUUCCACUUUCAAGAAAUAAGAAAGUGUCUUCUGAUCACACUUCUCUUCCUUGUGUUUUGCCAUCUUUUCAUUAUAAUCUUGCGUGUGAAGGUCAUAGAAAUGAUGCUUUGAGUAAUAGUCAGUCACUAACUAGGACUUCACCAAAUUCUGUCACCAACACUUCUUUACCAGGUGAUCAAGAUAUUUCCUCACUAGUUGAUCAAAGCAAUCAUUCACCUGUUGAUGCAGGUGUUUCUGAAAAUUCACCUAUCCUUUCAAAUACUUCAGACCAACAUACCACUGACACUUCCUCAUUCCCAAGUCCUACAAGACCAUCCAGAACAGUCAAAACACCAAGCUACCUAAGUGAAUAUGUGUAUUCCCUUCCAAAUCUAAAGAACAAUACCUCACACACUGUCUUGCUCAAUUUUCCCCUUUCAGACCAUCAACAUACUUGUUUUACUGCUUUAAACAAGGAUAGUCAGCAUAUGAUGAGAAAUAUUACUCAUGAAUCUAAGCCAUGUUCUUAUGAGGAAGCAGCCUUAAACCCUGCAUGGCAACCAGCCAUGACACACGAAUUUGAGGCUUUGUAUGCUAACCAUACACGGGAUUUAGUGACAUUGCAUGCAGUUAUCAAGAUGACAACUGUUAGGACCCUGAUUAGCAUAGCAGUUAAAAGGGGCUGGAACCUAUUCCAACUAGAUGUGAACAACGUAUUCUUACAUGGAGAUCUACAUGAAGAGGUGUAUAUGGAGGUACCACAGGGACUGCAGAUUGAGGUUCCUGGUCUAGUUUGCAAGUUAAACAAGUCCUUGGGUUUUAGACAUUCAGAAAAUGAUCACUCAUUGUUCUGUAAAAAGGAUGGUUUUUCAAUUGUAUUUGUGGCUGUCUAUAUUGAUGAUGUGAUUCUUACAGGUACAGAUGUAGAAGAAAUUAAGGCACUAAAGUUUUUCCUCCAUGAUCAGUUCAAAAUCAAGGAUUUAGGGAAGUUACACUAUUUCCUGGGACUGGAAGUGUUCUACAAAGAUGAUGGGGUCCUCAUUUCACAGAGGAAGUUCACUGCAGAUCUGUUGAGAGAGUAUGACAAUCAGUAUACUACAGUCUCUUCUCCUCUUGACUGUACUGUCAAGUUGAAGGCAGAAGAGGGAACCCUGCUGGCAGAUCCUACUCACUAUAGAAAGUUAGUUGGGAAACUUAACUUCCUCAUCAAUACAAGGUUAGACAUUGCCUAUAGUGUUCAACACUUAAGUCAAUUCAUGCAAACACCAAGAGAACCUCAUCUUAAAGCUGCCCUCCAUGUCUUAAAGUAUCUUAAGAAUGAUCCAACCUUAGGCAUUUUCUUUUCCAACAAUCCAGAUUGCACUAUGAAGGCUUUCUGUGACUCAGACUGGGCUACAUGCCCUGAUUCUCGACGAUCAGUGAGUGGACACAUUGUCUUGUUAGGUGAUAGUCCUAUUAGUUGGAAAUCCAAGAAGCAGGAAAUAGUCUCCCUCUCCUCUGCAGAGGCAGAAUACAGAUCAGUAAGAAAAGUGGUUGGAGAACUAGUGUGGCUUAAAAGAUUGCUAGAAGAACUGACAGUUCCUUGCUUACAUCUAUCUCAAUUUUUUUGUGACAGCCAAGCUGCAGUACACAUGGCAAGAAACCCAGUGUUUCAUGAGCGUACCAAGCACAUAGAGGUUGAUUGUCAUUUUGUACGAGACAAGUUACAUGAUGGCCUCAUCACCUUGCAUCACAUUCCCACAGAUGCUCAGCUAGCAGACAUAUUUACGAAGGCCUUAACAGGGAUCAAACAUACUUCUAUUCUUGGCAAGUUGGCAGUGAGUUCCUCACCUCCAACUUGGAGGGGGGAGGGUAUUGCGAGUAUUGCAUGGCAGUGA